AUGAAGAACUAAAAUCAUAUAGAAACAAAAUAAAAACGAAAACCUUGGAUAAUUGAAGUACUUAAAUAAAAAUAUUAUAAGGAAGACAUAUUACUUUAAAAAUUAGUGGAAAACAUUUAAAAGGAAAAACUUGAAUGGAAGAAUAUUUCUUAAACUUUCAAAGAACAAGGGUAUGAUCGGGAUACGAAGGCUUGCAGAGAAAGAUUUUAGAAUCAUCUUGAUAAAAGUUAUAAUAAGAGCUAUUUAACAGAGAAGGAAAUAGAUAGGCUUUUCGAUUAUCUUGAACUCUAUGGAAAUAAGUGGGUAGAUGAUUUAACUUAAAUUUAGACAUAUAUUGCCGAAUAAUUAAACAAUAGAACAGAUUAGGAUAUAAAAAAUAAUUUUUAUGCACAUGUAAAGAGAAUAAUUCGUCGACUAAUUAAAGCUACUUACAAAACAACUGAAAGUAUUUUAUCUAUUUUUAAUUAGGCUCCUUUAUAAUUGCUAAAAUUCAACCUUAUCUAAUAUCUAGCAUAUAUUGUCAUGAUAAUGAAGAUAAUGAGAAAAUGUUAAAAUUAGAUAGUGAGAUGAAGGUUCUUUUUAAAUACUUAAUCCGAAACAAUAAAAAGAUUGAAGUUGGAGUCAAACUUAAUGAAUAAACAAAGGAAAAGGUUAAAAAAAUAAUUAAUUACCUUGGUGAGUAAAAGUAAAUAAAUAUCAUAAAUCUAGUGAUAUUUAUAUCAAAAAGAAAAUAAAUAAGAAGAUUUAGAAAGUAAAGGCUAAAAAAUCUAAAUAGAAGAGAAGGUUUAAAUUACAAUUAGGAUUAAAUAACUAAAAAAGAAUAAUAGAGAAAAUUUAAAAAAUGAAGCCUAUUUUUACAACACAGAAUAUCAAAAUUGAAAAAUUUAAGUUCUUUAAGAAUAUAGUACAAAAGGAGGAGGAGAUAUAGAUUCCUUAUUUCGGAUUAAUAUCAUUAGAUAAAAUGUAUUCUUUUUAACCUUACUUAAAUCCUCUGAUGGCAAGUACUUCAUUUUGUUGGAGACAACCAUCGAAUAUCCUUUCAAUAGAUUCAAUGAUCUCAAGUGUAAAAAUAGAAAAUUAAUAUAUUUAUAGAAUUUUUUGUUCGGCUUUUAAGGAAAUCAUAUUUCGUAUAGCAUAGGGUCUGAUUCAUUAAGAGUCUUUUCAAAUUGA